AUGUCGAGCGACUCGAUUCUGGCGGCCGGGGAGCAUCUGUGGACGUACAAUUCGAUGAAGCAGCCGGUGAGCGGAGCACCGACCACCGUGCUCAUGUACUCAAAUCAGUCGAAUGCCGGCAGCCGACUCUUCCAUCACACUCCGACGACGCUGCGAUCCUACGUCGGAGGCACCGGAACCCCGAUUAUGGCUCCGCCGCACAUUCCGAUUAGGCAUUCCGAAUCAACGACACUGCGGCUGAAUCCUGGAGACGGCUGCUCCGCAUAUCACACGGUCUCCGUGAACCGACUGAAUGGAAUCCCGCAGUCAGAAGUGUACGAAGAGAUCGCUCCAAUCGGUUAGUCAUUCCCGUCUUUUCAAUCUUUCAAUAACGUUUUGUCAUUACAGGAACGAUGGGACAUAUGGGCUACAUGACUACCCGACCCAAUAUGGCCAACAUUCCCCCGAUGAACAACAUGAACAGUCGGAUGUCACUUCGGAAGCCUCCGCCCACGUGCAAGCCUCCACAGCCUCCGCAGAGCCCUGUUCAUAGCGACGGAAGCUAUGAAAUCACAAGGAUAACGGGCACUUCCGAGUCUCCUCGGGAUCGUCAGUGGAACGAAGACGGUCGGGAAAGCGGCUACGGAACGGCGCCGAGUCUCCAAUGGAAGAGCCCGUCGGGUAGCGCCCGAUUGGAAGCAGAAGCCGCCGCCCGGGCGAUGACCUACGUGUAG